CUGGAGAGUUGCUGGGACUGAAGUCCUUAUGGACCUUCCACUGGAGACUGGCCGUCUGGACGGCAGAUGGGACCCUUUUUUUCCUGCAGUACAGUGGACACAGUUUGUCACAGCUACUCUGAGUGUUAUAGGUUCAAGUUCGCUUAUCACUUAUGCUGUGUUCCAGAACCCACAGAUGUCUGCAGAGAUAAAACCACUCUUAUAUCUGAGCUUUUCUGACCUGCUCCUGGGAAUUUGCUGGCUUAUAAAAGCACUUCUCUAUGGAACUUCAACACCCCACAAGGACAGCAUCUGCUAUAACCUACAGACAGUCGAGGAGAUACUAUUCAUUGCCUCACUCUUCUGCACCGUCAGUUACAUCUGGUACCUGUACACAGAGCUGAGGAUGAAAGACAGCCAGAGUGGACGGAGCACAACUGCACAGGUGAUAAAUCAUACUUGUCAAAGUACUCACAUAGUGUUCAUUUUGUCAAGCCUGCUGCCUCUGCUGUUGAUGACACCUGUGUUUUGUCUGGGCAAUGUCAAUGAAUGCUUCCACAACUUUAGCCAGAGCCACAGGUGUCUCCUAAUGCACUCGCCUCCGUCAGCCAUGAUUGAACCCCUGCCUUCCACCAACACAUCUGUCUGCAGUGUGCUCUAUUUUUAUGGUGUCACUGUUUUCCUGGCCAGCUUUUUCUUCAGCCUCCUCCUCAUCACGGUCUUGCUCAUCCAUGCCCAGUCAUUGUAUAAGAAGUUUGUGAAAUCGACAGGCUUUCUGGAGAGUGAGCAGUGGGCAGUGAUUUACGUUGUGGGCCAGCGAGUGCGCUUCUUCCCAGUGGCUUUUGUGUGCUGCUGGGGCCCAGCUGCCACACUGUUGAUCAUAGAGCUGACCAGGCCCCAGGACACCUCCCUGCACAUGGCUUUCUCUGUGCUCCAGGCUCUCACAGCAGCAUCCCAGGGUCUGAUCAACUGUGGCAUAUAUGGCUGGACACAGUGCAAGUUCCAGCAGCUAAAGCGUGAGCCUCGCCGUGAUGCAGAUACUCAGACCCCAUUGCUGUGCUCACAGAAGAGAAUCUAUAGCAGGAGCCUAGACCCACCGGAGUUUUCUCUUGCUUUUGCUUCCAGCUCUUCCACCAUUCUUUGAAACUAUGGAACUGGAACAUCCCGGAAGUGAAUGUUUCAUAUAUUCUGUAUUUCUGUCAGUGGUUGAGGUAUGGGCAUUUCUUUGCCCAAAGGCCAGUUCAGCCAAGAAGAAAGGCUCCAGGUGGAGUGUCUUUGGUGCUCAACAAUCUCUCAGGAACAGAGCGGUGUUGCCAGGAGCAAUUGUGUCUCACUACCACAAAACUCUGAGUUAGAUUAAAGGCCAUUUUCUACAGCUCUUUGAAGAGGUUGAAGAUUAUCUAUCUAUA